AUGACAAUGGGAACCGACAUGUCACCGAUAGCAUUAGCAAUAAGAACAAUGGGUUGUAUAAGCGUUGAAAAGGUGGUAGAUGCUUUGGUUGAUCCAUUAAGGCAUUCUUUACAAGAUCAGUAUCAAUAUGUAAGAAAAACUGCUGCAAUCACAGUAUCAAAAUUACAUUUGUAUGAUGAAUCGUUUGUAGGAAAUGAAGGAUUUAUGGAUAUGUUCCUUUAG